UCUCUAGUCCUCUGUACAAUAUCGUCCGUAAACAUUUCCGUGACGAGGUUUGAUAAACAUGUGACGCUAUAUGUGUCAAUGAAAUGACACCAAGUCACUGUGAAACUCAAUAUCACCGUGCUCUAUAUCUAAAACUUCAAUUUGCUACAACGAGAGGGAGGUUUUCAUUGUCGUUUUUCAAAUUACCGACGUUUGUUUUCCGGGAAAACCAUUUCCCAAUCGGUCUGUCACUUUCCCGGAAUAUUAUUCAGCACAAAGGGUGUUUCUUACUUUUCUGGAUUUAGAGAUGAAAAUGGAAAUGGGUAUGGAAGGUGUAGUGUGGAAUGAUGAGGAUAAGGCCAUGGUUGAUUUGGUUUUGGGCACUCGAGCAUUUGAUUACCUGAUGUCGAGCUCUGUUUCGGCCGAAUGCUCAUUAAUGGCUGUGGGUGGUGGUGAUGAGAAUUUGCAGAAUAAGCUUUCAGAUCUUGUUGACGGCCCAAACACGGCCAACUAUAGUUGGAAUUACGCCAUUUUCUGGCAGAUUUCGCGGUCCAAGUCUGGUGAUUUGGUUUUAGGAUGGGGAGAUGGGUCUUGUAGGGAGGCAAAGGACGGGGAAGAGUCUGAAGUUCCCCGAGUUGUCAAUCUCCGGCUGGAGGAUGACAAGCAACAGAGGAUGAGGAAAAGGGUACUUCAGAAAUUGCAUACAUUGUUUGGGGGUUCAGAUGAGGAUAGUUAUGCCUUUGGAUUGGAUAGGGUAACAGAUAUUGAAAUGUUCUUCCUUGCUUCCAUGUACUUUUCCUUUCCCCGAGGGGAAGGGGGUCCGGGGAAGUGUUUUGGAUCAGGGAAGCAUAUGUGGCUCUCCGAGGCAUUGAAGUUUUCAUCUGAUUACUGUGUCCGAUCAUUCCUCGCAAAGUCUGCUGGUAUCCAAACUAUUGUUUUGAUCCCAACUGAUGCUGGGGUAAUUGAAUUGGGAUCAGUUAGAUCAAUACCGGAAAGCUUAGAGGUGUUGCAGUCAAUAAAAUCAUGGUUUUCGCCCUUUGCGUCUCUCUUCAGGGCCAAGCCGAUGACACUCUUACAGCCGAUGACUGAGAAGAAAGAUGGGAAUUACCAUUUCUCCAAUUUUGCUUUGGGGGAGAGACUGGAUGGAAACCCAAAGAUUUUUGGGCAGAAUUUGAACUCCAGUUUUUCACAGUUCAAGGAAAAACUAGCUGUUAGGAAAGCAGAGGAGAGGCCAUGGGAAGUGCAUCCAAAUGGGAAUAGGAUUCCGUUGCCAAACACUAGAAAUGGUUUUCAUUGUUCAAAUUGGACACAGUUCCAUGGUAUGAAGCAGGGGAGGGCUGCGGAAGUUGUCGGUCCUCGGACUCCAACAAGUAAUCUCCAAGGUCUUGUUAAUGGUGUUGGGGAAGAAUUUCGGCUUAAUCAAUACCAGCCACAGAAGCAGGUGCAAAUGCAAAUUGAUUUUGGAGGGGCUUCUGCAAGGCCUUCACUGAUCUCUCAGCCAGUUAUUGUUGAAUCUGAGCAUUCAGAGGUUGAGGCUCCAUGCAAGGACCAGCAGGCAAGUGCAGCUGAGGAAAAGAGGCCUCGGAAAAGGGGCCGAAAGCCAGCUAAUGGAAGAGAAGAGCCCCUCAAUCAUGUUGAGGCAGAGAGGCAGCGGCGUGAGAAGCUGAACCAGCGGUUCUAUGCAUUACGCGCAGUUGUGCCCAACAUCUCAAAAAUGGACAAAGCUUCCUUGCUGGGAGAUGCCAUAUCUUACAUCACUGAGCUUCAGAAGAAGCUCAGUGACAUGGAAUCGGAGAGGGAAAAUUUCUUGAGCACUUCAAAAGAUUCAUUGGCUUCGGAAACUAACCCAAUUUCAGAAAAUCAAUACCGAGUUCCAGGCAUCGAAAUCCAAGCUGCCCAUGAUGAAGUUACUGUAAGGGUGAGCUGCCCUUUGGAUACUCACCCUUUAUUGAGAGUCAUCCAGACAUUCAAAGAGGAGCAGAUCACAGUUGUUGAGUCAAAUCUUGCCGCGGGGAGUGACAUGGUGUAUCAUACAUUCGUGAUCAAGUCUCAAGGAUCUGAGCAGCUGACGAAGGAAAAAUUGGUGGCUGCAUUUUCCGGUUCAUCCAACUCUUUGUAGUCAAUAUUUUUGAUGGGAUAAUAAGAAAUUGCAUUAAUAUAGUUUGUAGGCAUAAUAUGUAGUGAAGAACCCAUUCAAAGGUUUCUGCAGUUGUUUCUAUAUGCAGAAAGGGAUGGUAAAACGAACAGCAACACAAGCUAGAAGUAGAAAAUUACUACCUAUCAACCAUGUAGGGUACAAAAUUUUCCGUGGUUUAUUUAUAGCAUACAUAUUUUGUCAUAAACAACUAUUCUUGGAAGAUGAAUCUACUAUUGUUUCUUUAGAAGCUAA